UCAACUGUUAAACGGGUUUGGUCCUAAGAAUGUAGAGCGGAUUCAGCGACGGUCUGAACCCUCGGCAGCUUGCCUGCUACUGCUUUCAGCAUCCCCUUCUCAGGCUUAUUCUUUAAAACUGCUUAAGCCGCGGCGGAAUACACGUGCAGGAUUUUUUGUUCUUUGUUCUAGUAACGGCUAGCACCCUAGCGGCGUGGGACGUGGACCCCCGGGAAGCUCGUGCUGGUUGGGUGAAGGUUAGCAUUUGCUCGGCAUUUUCUGCAGUCUGUGCUCUGAGUGUGGGUGUAUGCCAGGGAAGCUUAGGCUGGAAUCUCCUCCAGGGAGGGGAGUGACAAACAGCCCCCCUCCCGCCCUUCCUUUUAUGGGAUCUGGCUAUUUAGCCCUAGGCGGACUAUUGGAACGCUGCACAGCCCAGACCGGUCUCCAGUCUCAGAUUCCUGAGUGCACGUGCUGGAUUUACAGUCCUGCGACAUUACCACUCCAGUCUUCUGGGUCUAUUCUGUGCCAGCCUCUCAGAGCCGAAGGGAGUGAGGCGGGCGGCGCUGACUCCGGGGAGCCCAGCUCCGAGUGUUUUCCGACCUGCGUUGGACAGCCUGGGACUCGGAUAGCUACCUACUGCGCUCGGAUCUCCUGGGGACCUCUCCCAGAGCGCGCGCCGAGACAUGGAGGGCGCUGACCUGGCGAUGAAGCUCCUGUCCACCUGGCUGACCCUGGUGGUCGUCCUCAUCCUGUUGCCCUCGGCUUUCGGAUUGUCUCUAGGCAUCUCGGAGAUCUACAUGAAGAUCCUGGUGAAAACCUUGGAGUGGGCCACAUUACGAAUUGAAAAAGGAGCCCCAAAGGAGUCAGUUCUUAAAAAUUCAGCUUCUGUGGGUAUUAUCCAAAGAGAUGAGUCACCCAUGGAAAAAGGGCUCUCUGGUCUUCGAGGAAGGGACUUCGAGCUCUCUGAUGUGUUUUAUUUCUCCAAGAAGGGCUUAGAAGCCAUUGUGGAAGAUGAAGUGACCCAGAGGUUCUCCUCCGAGGAGCUUGUAUCGUGGAACCUCCUCACAAGAACCAAUGUCAACUUUCAGUACAUCAGCCCGAAGCUCACGAUGGUGUGGGUGCUGGGCGUCGUAGCACGCUAUUGCUUUCUGCUCCCUCUGAGGGUUACUCUGGCUUUCAUUGGGAUCAGUUUGCUGAUUAUAGGAACUACACUGGUUGGACAGCUCCCAGACAGCAGCCUCAAAAGCUGGCUGAGUGAACUAGUGCAUCUGACCUGCUGUAGGAUCUGCGUUCGGUCCCUGUCCGGCACCAUUCAUUAUCAUAACAAGCAGUACAGACCCCAGAAGGGAGGCAUUUGUGUUGCCAACCAUACAUCUCCCAUCGAUGUCUUAAUCUUGACAACGGAUGGCUGUUAUGCCAUGGUUGGACAGGUUCAUGGUGGAUUGAUGGGGGUCAUUCAGAGAGCCAUGGUUAAGGCUUGUCCACACGUCUGGUUUGAGCGCUCAGAAAUGAAGGACCGACAUCUGGUUACUAAGAGAUUGAAGGAACACGUCGCUGAUAAGAAAAAGUUGCCCAUAUUAAUCUUCCCUGAAGGUACCUGCAUCAACAAUACUUCAGUCAUGAUGUUCAAAAAGGGAAGCUUUGAAAUUGGAGGGACCAUAUAUCCAGUGGCAAUAAAGUAUAACCCCCAGUUUGGUGAUGCAUUCUGGAACAGUAGUAAAUACAACAUGGUGAGCUACUUGCUUCGGAUAAUGACCAGCUGGGCCAUCGUCUGCGAUGUGUGGUACAUGCCUCCCAUGACCAGAGAGGAAGGAGAAGAUGCCGUGCAGUUUGCAAACAGGGUUAAAUCCGCCAUCGCUGUCCAAGGGGGGCUGACUGAACUUCCCUGGGACGGAGGACUGAAGAGGGCAAAGGUGAAGGACACCUUCAAGGAAGAACAGCAGAAGAAUUACAGCAAGAUGAUUGUGGGCAACGGCUCUUCCCACCUGGAGCGGGACUGAGGCGCCGUGGAUGAACUGGCUUCCCAGAGCAGGCCUUCAGAUGGGACAUUUUAUAACAUCGUUUGUUGUAGUGUUUUUUGCUUGUUUAUUGUUAAUCUUUUCUACUGGCUGAUUGUCUCUGCCUCUUCACACCAGAGGCAGAACGCGCAGGUGCGCCCCACACACGACAUUUUUGUUAUAGUGUUGGUUCAAUGAAUUACAAGGCUGAUUCUUGAGUGGAAGCAGAUUCUGCCUUUUGUAAAAUGGUGUGUCAUUGAUGAUUGAAAUCUUUGUCUGCAAAAAAGUGCUUUGGAGCUUGUCAAUAAGGUAAUUCUCAAAAACAGCUCCAAACUCUGUAAUUUGAUUUCCCUCUCCUUUUCAUUUCUUUUAUUUUUAUUAUUUUUUAUUUUUAUU